UACUUGCUUCUCCUUUACUUUCUUCUUCCAUACUGCAGUGUGAAUCUCUCCUCCUCUGAGGUGUGGUCACACUGGAGCUCUGAUCAAAACCCGGAUCAGCACGCAAAGCUGAGUUAGACAAGUUCUGCGGUGCACGUGAGCAGCCUGAGCUCCGUCCAGUGUGAGCGUUAAAGCCUACCAUCUCCUUGUGCUCACGGUUAGAAGUGUGGUGCAACUCCACUCGGGUGUGUGCUAUGGCUGCUGUGAUGAGGGAUCUCUCUCAGGACAGUUCCUGGUCCAUCGUGUUCGUCUCCUUCAUGGCUCAGCUGCUGGCGUUCAGCUCUCCGCAGUCAGUGGGUGUUCUCUACCCCGAGUGGCUCAGCACCUUCCAGGAGGGCAAGAGCACCACCGCCUGGGUCGGAUCUACUGUCCUGGGGGUGGGGCUCAUCACUGGCCCACUGUGUAGUGCAUGCGUCGAUAAUUUUGGCGCCCGGCCCGUGACCAUCUUCAGUGGUGUAAUGGUGGCAGGAGGUUUAAUGCUGAGUGCCUUCGCUCCCAACAUCAUCUUCCUCGUCUUCAGCUACGGAAUCGUUGUCGGUCUAGGUUGUGGGCUUGUCUAUGCAGCCACAUUAACAACCAUCUGUCAAUAUUUUGAUAAGAGACGUGGUCUUGCCCUGGGCAUCGUUACCACAGGAAUCAGUGUGGGCAGCUUUGUGUAUGCAUCAAUGCAGAACAAGCUGAUUGAGCAGUAUGGCUUAGAUGGAUGUCUGCUCAUUGUUGGUGCUCUGGCACUAAACCUGAUCGCAUGUGCUGGACCCAUGCGACCUUUGAACCUUCCUGGCUACUACAUCAAACAGAAGGCUGCUCUCAAGUGUGCAGAAGAGCCUCUCUAUGACAAAGAACUUGGCACAGAGCCAUCAAUGGAUCAUCAGAAGCUGGUACGCAUCAUCAAAAAGCGCCUCCAGCCACACUCCCACUACAUGCAUGUCAUGCGUGAAUGUUUGCGGGAGCCCUUGUUUGUGGCGCUCUGCGUCUCCAUUUUUCUAUACAGCCUGGGUGCGAUCCCACCCCUACUCUUCAUGGAGGACGUGGCUCAGAACGAAGGCUUCCUGGAGCAUGUUACACCCAUUCCUCUCGUCUCAAUCACAGCUGCUGCAACAGGAGUGGGCAAGCUGGCACUGGGCAUCUUGGUGGACAUGCGCUGGGUGAACAGCGUCCAACUCUAUGCCAUGACAGUGGCUGCAGUUGGCGCCGCACUGCUCAUGGUGCCCAUUUGGAAGAGUUAUGCUGGGCUUCAGGUACUCUCAGCUGCCAUUGGCUUCUUCUCAGGCAACUGGUCAAUUACAUCCUACGUCACCACACGACUUGUGGGCAUCGAGCGGCUCGGCCAGGCACACGGGAUCCUUGUGUGCUUUAGCGGCUUUGGGAUCAUUCUGGGACCUCCUGUUGUAGGAUCGUUCUUUGAUUGGACACAGUCGUAUGACCUGGCAUUCUACUUCACUGGGUGCUGUUUGGUUGUGGGUGCCGCUGUUCCCUUCCUAACGGCUUUGCUCUGUAGGAGUCCAGUCAACAAAGAGAAGAAUGUUUUGGGUGACCUUGAUGGUGACCUUGACCCAGAACUCAAAAGCCCCUCUGAAUGUAAUGGAGUGGAUUCUGUGGCCUAAGGACUGUGACGGACCACGUUGGUGAUGGGCCGAGACCUCCCAUUGCCUUAUGUUUUUAAUGAUGACUGUAAAUACACUGGUGGUUGGCUGACACACAUGCACAUUCUGCACAGUGGUAAAGUGAAAUGGCUUAUCAUACCUCUGGAGCAGAUUUUGCAGUUGUGAUUUUUAAAAAAAAGAAAGAAACUUGGAAAAAGUGCAUCAUGUAAAGGCAAAGUCUAUGUCCCAAAUCACAUAUUCCAACACUAAAGUAUGGUUUCUAUAUAGACCCCGAAGCCACCGCCAGGCGCCGCUAAAACCGCCAUUUGGAAUUUGAGCCGCCGCCAGCCAAUAAUUUUGUAAGCCAAUUUGAGCCGCUAUCUAAUAAAAUUUGGCUGAGCCACUAAGAAUUGUGUACAUCAAAUAAUGGGUUUAUCCACAUCAUGAGCUACAAGAAAAGUGACACAAACAUGAUCAACUGUACACACUAGUAGUAACACAAUAGAGACGUAUAGGCAUACACUGUAGAGAUUUAGAACUGAUAUCACAGCACAGAGAGCCACCACAAGCUUGCCGUUGUGACUACCUGUCUGGCUUCCCGCCCCUCACACCGUUACCACGAUACACUGGGGAACCCGGGAACCCACCCAGAGCAUCAAUCGACUCCGAUAUCGACGAGAUGGCUGCAUUCUUUGCCGCUGCUGAGGGAAAGUGUAAAGGUAUUUUUUUUUUUUUGUUUGUUUGUUUGUUUCACAUACUUCAAGAUUGAUAAAAAAAAAGUACUCCACCACUCUACUUUCAUCAUAGUAAGAUAGCUGCCAGUCCUUCACUGGUCAUUGCUAGUGAGAGUAGAUAGCUAGAUGCCUUCCUCGAACAAUCCAGAUUAGCUUAUUAUUAGCAUUGAACUACAAUCUUGCUAGAUUUAUAUUUACAAUGAAGUAAGAGACCAGGGGACCUGUGGUAAUUUGCUAUUUAUUCCCCCCAUUUGUUUGAUCCGUUCGCCCGGAUAUAUGCCACACAGUGACGUCCAGUAUCAGCCAUUUGUAGCCAUAAACAUUUUGGUGGCUGCAGCAGCCAUUAAGGUUUUGGCUGAGUCAGCUAGCCAGCCAAUAAUUUCAUCAGCCAGCCAUUAUCCUGAAAACAAACGGCUUCGGGGUCUAUUUCUAUAGACGUGCCAUUUUACUAUUUAGUGCACAGUAUAGGUUUGGGACUAGCCUACUCUUUUUCCACUGUGAAUCUGAAUUUUAAUACUCCACUCUAUUUUAUUGCAAAACUAUAGAAUGCCACAACAGAUGAGCUGGAAGUUGAAACACAUUUUCUUUGCCUUGAUUGUGUCUUAUCUGCUUUACUGAUUAGCUCAACCAAAGCACCAAUGAGAGAAAUCUUCCUCCUGCUGCUAUACGAAUGCUGAUUUAACCUGCUCAGUCAGAAUAACAGGUGCCUCUACUUUUAUUCAUGACUUCUGUUUCUUUUUGUUUUUCCCUUUUCUUUUUUUAAUUUAUUUAUUUCUUUUUGUACCAGUUGCAAGUGCUAGCCAGUUAGGCAUUUGUGGUUCUAGAUUUCUUACAAAUUUGAAUAGUUAUGUUUGAUCUUGAAUAUUGUACGGUAUAUUAAAUAUUUUAUAAUCGAUGAUUGAUUAAAUUUUUUAAACAAAUCUUUUUUUCAGCACUAAUUUUCUGUGUGGGUUCUGGAUAUUGAGCAUUGGUACUGGGAUCCAGCAAGAACCAACAAAAAAAGUUACAAGGGUUGGUGGUUUCUGCUCAAUGCCCAGGAUUGACCAGGAUUCCUUUUUUUGAGUAGUCAGGAUUAGUCUGAUUUUUGGAAAUGACUAGAAUUGGUCUCAAUUUCUUUGGGAGCUGCCAGGAUGGAUCAGAAUUCCUUUGGAAGUGUGUGGGAUUAGUCAAAAUUAAUUUGGCAGCAAGUGGUAUUGGACAUAAUUGCUUUGGGAGCAGUCAAAAUAGUUCAGGAUUCCUUUGGAGCAUAUUGGAUUGGUCAGAAUUCCUUUUGGAGUGGGCCAAAUUGGCCAGAAUUCCUUCAGGGUUGGUCGGGAUUGGCCAGAAUUCUUUUGGAAAUAGUCAGAAUUGGUCAUAAUUCUUUGGGGAGUAGUUGGGAUUGGCCAGAUUUUCUUUGGAAGUAUGUGGAUUUAGUCAAAAUUAAUUUAGGGGCAAGCGGGAUUAGUCAGAAUUGCUUUGGGAGCAGUUAGAACAGUUCAGGAUUCCUUUGUAACAUAUCGAACAGGUCAGAUUUCCUUUCAGAGUGGGCUAGAUUGGUCAGAAUUCCUUUGGGAAUAGUGGGGAUUGGUCAGAAUUAUUUUGGGAGUGGUGGGGAUUGGCCACAAUUCCUUUGGGAGUGGUCAGGAUUGGCCAGAAUUCUUUCGGGAGUGUGAUGCAUGAUCUGGGUGUUUAGGCAAAUUUCAGUUUCAUUUCUCAAAUGAUUUGUUUCAAUCUUAAAUAAUUCUUUAUUAAAUGCUCGGUAUCAUCGAAGUACAAUUUUCCUGUUUUGAUAACCAGAAAACUUGUACACCUUGCUGUAAAUUCUAAAAUUACAAAUUCUGACUUCUUGUCAUGCCAGAUUUUUUCCUUUAGGUUUUUUUUUGUGUGUGG